UGCCCAAAGGGUACAUUUUAUUCUUUGGAACACAACACAUGUGAAAGCUGCUGGAUGGGCUCAUACCAGGAUGAAGAAGGCCAAAUGGAGUGCAAAAACUGCCCUAUCGGUACUUAUACUGAAUACCUGCACUCCAAGCGUAUAUCUGAAUGCAAAGCUCAGUGCAAGCCAGGAACGUAUUCCUCAAAUGGCCUUGAAACCUGUGAGUCAUGUCCACGUGGCACUUACCAGCCGGUGAUAGGAGCGAAGUUCUGCCUCUCCUGCCCAAGUGGAAUGUCAACAGUUAAAAGAGGAUCGGUGGACAGCUCAGAAUGUGGAGUUCCUUGCCAUGCCGGUGAGUUUUCACGAUCUGGAUUAGUGCCAUGCUUUCCUUGUCCAAGGGACUACUAUCAGCCGGAACCGGGGAAAUCUUAUUGCCUGUCAUGUCCAUUUUACGGAACAACAACUAUGACUGGAGCCAGGUCGAUAACAGACUGUUCAAGUUUUGGCUCCAGCUUCUCGGCAGCAGAGGAAAGCGUAAUGAUUCCCAUUUCUCCACAAAAUGUCAACAGCAAAUACAAAGUCAGCAGUCAGGUUUUUCACGAGUGCUUUUCAAAUCCAUGCCAGAACAGUGGAACCUGCAAACAAGUUGGAAGUGGAUAUACUUGCACAUGUCUCAAGGGCUACACAGGUACAAAGUGUGAAAUUAACAUUGAUGACUGCAAAUCCAUGCCAUGCAGAAACAACGGAAUUUGUAAGGAUGGGGUUGGAAAAUUUGAAUGUCAUUGUCCCGCUGGCUUCAGAGGUUCUUUAUGCGAAGAGAACAUUAAUGAAUGUAUUUCUAGUCCAUGUAAAAAUGAGGGCACGUGCAUAGACAGUAUAAACAUGUAUCACUGCCGAUGUGCAAAUGGAUUUCUUGGUACAAAUUGUGAAAUAGAAAUAGAUGAAUGCCUGUCAAAGCCUUGUGUAAACAACGGUGAAUGUAAGGAUCUGAAGGGAGAUUUUCAAUGUGUGUGCCCCCCCGGAUAUACCGGCAAACAAUGUGAACAAAAUAUUGAUGAUUGUCAAAGUGGACCCUGCAAGAAUGGAGCCUCUUGUACUGAUGGAAUUAACAGCUUCAGGUGUACAUGUAAGGAUGGCUUUAUUGGAAAGCUCUGCGAAGUCAAUGUUAAUGAAUGUGAAUCCAAUCCAUGUCUUAACCAGGCUAAAUGUACGGAUGGCAUUAAUUCUUACACUUGUAAAUGUGCGCCAGGAUAUUCAGGAAGCAGGUGUGAAACAGAACAGUCCUCUGGAUUUAACCUGGAGUUUGAGGUCUCUGCUAUAUAUAGCUAUGUCAUGCUUGAUAGUGUUUUACCGACACUGAAUGCAGUCACCUGUGCCUUCUGGAUGAAAUCCUCUGAUGUGACCAAUUAUGGGACACCAAUAUCAUAUGCCAUUGAUAAUGGCAUUGACAACGCAUUCCUUCUCACAGACUAUAACGGAUGGGUGCUUUAUAUUAAUGGCAAAGAGAGAAUAACCGAUUGCCCUUCCGUAAAUGAUGGUAAAUGGCACCAUAUUGCUGUUUCUUGGACAAGUACUGAUGGGUCUUGGAAAGUCUAUAUUGAUGGAAAACUCUCAGACCAUGGAAAAGGCUUAUCAGUGGGAAAACACAUACCUGGAGGUGGUGCUUUAGUCCUUGCACAAGAACAAGACCAGAGGGGGGAAGGUUUCAACCCUGCCGAAUCUUUUGUUGGAUCAAUCAGUCAGCUUAAUAUAUGGGAUUAUCCACUUUUACCUGAACAGGUGAAAUUAUUGGCUACUUCAUGUCCACAUCAUCUUCAAAAGGGAAAUGUGUUAGCUUGGGCUGACUUCCUGGCUGGUGUGGUUGGAAAAGUUAAAGUAGACAACAAGAGCAUAUUCUGUUCAGAUUGUCCAGUCUUGGAUGGAUUGUCACCUCAUUUACAUGCAUCCGACAGUGAUUUAAAACCAGGUUCCAAGAUCAGCUUGUACUGUGACCUUGGCUAUCAGAUUGUGGGCAGUUCAGAACAAUGGUGUCUUAACCUAGGAGAUUGGAACCAUCCUCUUCCACGCUGUGAAAGAAUCAGCUGUGGAAAGCCGCCUCAUCUGAAAAAUGGUAUUAAUACUGAUGAAAACUUUUUUGCUGGAAACACUGUCACAUACCAGUGCAAUACUGGGUAUUACCUGCUUGGAGAUUCAAGGAUGUUUUGUACAGAUAAUGGAAGCUGGGAUGGUACCUCACCAAUGUGUUUGGAUGUUGAUGAAUGUGCAGUUGGAUCAGACUGCGAUAGACAUGCAUCAUGCACUAAUACCAAUGGCUCCUACAUUUGCACCUGCAUACCGCCAUACACUGGUGAUGGAAAAACAUGUACAGAACCUGUAAAAUGUCAAGAUCCGGGUGACUUGGAAAAUGGACAUUCUUCUGGUGACUACUUUGGUGUUGGAAGUGAACUGACAUUUUCAUGCAAUGAGGGUUAUAACUUGAAUGGAAGCGUGAAAGUAACAUGUUUGGAGUCUGGAGAGUGGAGUGGUGAAAUACCCUACUGCCAAGCUGUGUCAUGUGGCGAGCCACCAAGUCCAGAACAUGGAGGCAUUGUGGGCUCCAAUUUCACCUAUGGCAUGACAGUUAUUUUCAGAUGCAAUAAUGGAUAUACAUUAUUAGGCAGUGAAGAAACUGUAUGUCUUGCUGAUGGUUCCUGGAACAAUCAAGUCCCAUCUUGUGAGUCAGUCACUUGCUCCAAACCAAAGCAAAUAGCUUACGGGAAUUUAACUUUAAGUGGUCUAACAUACAAGUCAACAGCAUCAUAUCAGUGUGACACAGGAUACAGUUUGCAGGGUCCAUCAACUUUGGUGUGUGAAGCUUCUGGUAACUGGAGUAGCCAGCAUCCAUCCUGUCAACUUGUGAAUUGUGGACCUCCUCCAGUUGUUAGGGAUGCCAUUUCCAAAGGACGCGACUUCACUUUUGGAAACAAAGUGACAUACACUUGUAAAGAAGGCUACAGUCUAGUUGGUCAGAAAACUAUAACCUGUUCAACGACUGGAAAAUGGAGUGAGAAUACUCCACAAUGUAUGGCCAUUUCAUGUGAUGAACCUCCAAAUAUUGACCACGCUUCUUCAUACAGUGCUCAUAGACUUUAUGGAGACACUGCAUAUUAUUACUGCUUUGAUGGGUACAGUAUGGCUGAUAACAGUAAAAUGCUGUGUAACACGGAAGGAAAGUGGGUACCUCCUGAUGGCAAGGAAGCACCUUAUUGCAUUGCUGAUUUUUGUGAGAAGCCUCCUGCUGUUGCAUAUGGUAUCUUGGAGUCAAUCAGCAAAGCCAAAUUUGUUUCUGGCACAACAGUUAGCUUCAAAUGUACUGAAGGCUUCAUACUAAACACCACUUCUAAGAUUGAGUGCUUGCGUGGUGGACAAUGGAACCCAUCACCUACAACAAUUCAGUGCAUACCGGUCCGUUGUGGAGAACCUCCUGGAAUAAAAAAUGGCUAUGUCAGUGGUAAUAACUACAGCUUUGAUGCAGUGGUAGCUUACAGUUGCAACAAAGGGUACUACAUAAAAGGGGAGAAGAAACGGACAUGUCAGGCAUCUGGAGAAUGGAGUGGUCGGCUUCCAGCUUGUCAUCCAGUGUCCUGUGGCCAACCACCUGAACUUGAAAAUGGUGUUAUAGAGAAUAAAACAGGCAACGUAUUUGAGGAUGAGGUAACUUAUUCCUGCAAACCUGGAUACAAACUAGUUGGUAGCAACAAAAGAGUAUGCCAAUCCAAUAAACAGUGGUACAGUGAGUCUCCACCAUCAUGUACUCUUCUAAGCUGUGAAAAACCACCACCCCUUAAACAUGGUGACAUUAAAGGGGCAACUAUUGAUGUUGGUUCAAAAAUUGAAUUUGUAUGUGAUGAGGGAUAUGAACUUGUUGGAGAAACUAGCUGGACUUGUCAAAAAAAUGGAAAAUGGGACAAAAAAAAAUUACCUAAUUGUGUACCAUCAAAAUGCCAAGAACCACCACUAUUAGAACACCAGUUAGUACUUAAAGAGGUUGCUAAUGAAACAGGAGUUGUAAAAUUUUCCUGUAGAGAUGGCUAUGUUCUCCAAGGUUCCUCUGUUUUACGAUGUCUACCAUCACAACACUGGAAUGAUUCUUUUCCAUUAUGCAAGCUUGUUCUCUGUCCCAAGCCACCAGAUAUUGAUUUUGGGGACCCCAAAUCAGUGCCUUCUCUUCAUUAUGGGACUAAUAUACAAUAUACAUGUAUGGAUGGAUUUCUGCUUAGGGGACCACCUGAAAUAACUUGUGAAGCAGACGGUAAUUGGGGUCCAGAUCUUCCUAGCUGUGCUCCAGUUGAGUGUACUCAACCAGAUGAAAUUCCUAAUGGAAUUGUUGACGUUCAGGGACUGACAUAUCUCAGCACCGUUCUUUAUACAUGCAAACCUGGAUUUGAGUUAAUGGGAAAUGCAACAUUAAUUUGUGGACCAGUAGGACAUUGGCUAGGUGGACUGCCAGUAUGUAAACCCAUCAGAUGUCCUGGAGCUAAAGAUAUUACAAAUGGCAAAAGUUCUUCACCCAGUCUUCAUUUUGGACAAACUGUCACAUAUUCAUGUAAUAAAGGGUACAGACUUGAAGGACAGCCUAUUAUUACUUGCAUGGAAACCGGAGAAUGGGAUGCUAAUCCCCCAAUCUGUAAAGAGAUUGCUUGUGAUCCUCCUCACGCUAUUAACAAUGGCUUUGUAGAAGGAGCUGAUUAUAGGUAUGGCGCCAUGAUCAUUUAUAGUUGUAUGCCUGGUUAUCAGUUAACUGGACCUGCUAUAAUUACUUGUGAAGAUUCAGGUUGGUCCAGUCCUACUCCAAUGUGUGUGCAUACAGAUUGUGGUCUGCCACCACAUAUUGACUUUGGACAAUAUAGAAAAUAUGAUGACAACAUAAUGAAUGGGAACCUGAAACUUGAAAUGUAUAAAGCAUCAAUUACUACCCAACCUCCAAACACUCUAUAUAAUUACCAUAAAGGUGGUAAUUAUUCAGUGAGGGAUAUUAGCAAUGAUGUGUCAGAAUUUUUAUAUGGAACUUUUAUUUUGUACACUUGUUACCAUGGCUAUGAACACCAUGGAGAACCGCUAUUAUUUUGUCAGGAAGAUGGUACUUGGAAUGGAAGUGCCCCUGUCUGUUUGCCAAUAGAAUGCAUUAUACCUAUAGCUCCUGAAAAUGGCAUGGUACAUUAUACUGAUAAAUCACUUGAUAGCACUAUUUAUUAUAAAUGUAAGGAGGGAUAUGAACUUAUUGGGUCAGAGAACAGCACCUGCUUGUCUACAAAGAAAUGGAGUAAUGACAUUCCGCAGUGUGCUAUCAUAUUUUGCAAGCCACCUACCCAGAUACCAAAUGGAUACAUAGAAGCCUCAAAUUACUCAUAUAUGAGUGUUGUGCAUUAUAAAUGUGACAUUGGAUAUAGAAUACAUGGCUCUAGCAAAAUAACAUGUCAAGAAGAUACACAGUGGGAUGGGGAAGAACCUAUAUGCAUCCCUAUUUCUUGUGGUCAGCCCCCAGUUCUAAUAAAUGGACAAAUCAGUGGAAAUGACUAUAGUUAUGGAAAGCAUAUUGAGUAUCAGUGCUUUGAAGGCUUCAUCCUCAAUGGUGCUAAGAACAGAACCUGCCUUGAGGAUGGACAAUGGAGUGGAACAUUCUCAGAUUGCAUACCGAUAACAUGCAAAACACCUCAGGCUGUUGUUAAUGGGGAGAUUCAAGGGACAGAAUAUACUGUUGGAAGCAAUAUAAUUUAUAGGUGUAACCAAGGGCAUAAGUUAGAAGGAGUAUCAAAGCUUACCUGCCAAAAAGAUGGAGCAUGGGAUGCAGAAGCCCCACUGUGCACUCCCAUAGAUUGUGGUCCUCCAGAAGAUAUUUCUCAUGGUUUCCUUAACAGUUCAGGCUUUCAUUACAAUGAAUAUGUGCAAUAUAUUUGCUUUCCUGGUUAUGAAAUACAUGGAAGUCCGACACGACAAUGUUUAGCAAGUGGCUUGUGGAGUGGAAAUGCCCCCCAUUGUCUUCUUUGUGAAUGCUCUAAACCAUCUAUUCUAAAUGCAAAGGUUAUUGGAGAGGAUUUCAGCUGUGGCCAUUCAAUCGAAAUCAAAUGUAAUGAUGGCUUCAAACUGUUUGGACAUUCUGAACUCAGUUGUGAGUCUGCAGGAAAAUGGAGUACAGGCUUUCCAUACUGUGGAAAGGUGUCUUGUGGUCCUCCACCUAUAAUUCCAAAUGCAUUCAUUAACGGUAGUAGUUCAACACUUGAGAAUGCAAUCAAAUACACAUGCCUCACAGGCUACAUUAUGCAAGGGAAGUCUGAUCUUGUGUGCACAGAAGAUGGAAAUUGGAGUAAUCCCUACCCUAUUUGUCAGUUACUUUCCUGUGGAACACCACCAAUUAUUCCAUACACCGUAAUAACUGGGGAUUCCUACACUUAUGGAAGUGUGAUUGAAUAUCGAUGUGAAGAUGGCUAUAUAAUGGAUGGAGACACAGCAACAAAAAGAUGUGUGGAGGAUGGAUCCUGGUCAACAGAAGAAAUUGUCUGUGUCCCAAGAAAAUGUAAAUUACAAUCAGAUACAGUAAAAAUCAAGGCAGAUUAUGAUAUAAAUAGAACUGUAACUGUCGUAUGCAAAACUGGUUAUACAUUGUCAGGACCAAGCACCUCAACCUGUAUGACAGAUGGCAACUGGUUACCUCCUCUGACUGAUGACGUAUGUUCUCCUAUAUCAUGUGGUCAACCUUCUGUCCCUGAAUAUGGCACAGUGUUUGGCACCAAAUAUUUCUACAAAGAUACUGUUCUCUACCAAUGUGAUGCUGGAUAUGAAAUACAUGGUUCAAUUGAAAGAGUGUGUGAGGCAAACAAAUCAUGGAGUGGAGUGGAACCUCAGUGCAAAAGGAUCUCCUGCAACCAGCCAGAACCAAUAGAGAAUGGUCUCAUUCAUGGCACAAGCUACUUUUUUGAAGAUGAAAUUUAUUAUAGCUGUAACCAAGGAUAUGAAAUUCAUGGUCCAAGCCAUAGAAUAUGUCAUGUGGAUAAACAAUGGCGCCCAUCAUCUCCUACGUGUGUGAAGACCAGAUGUGAAAUCCCAAAUGAUUUACAAAAUGGACGCGUUGAGUAUGAAAGUAAUACUGUCCGUAGCACUGUAAAGUACCAUUGUAAUAGUGGGUAUAGUUUGGAAGGGGAAGAUGUUGCCAGAUGCUCAGAAAAUGGAAGAUGGAGUCAUCCUGCGCCUCUGUGUAAACCAAACCCUUGUCCUGUGCCAUUUGUGAUCCCUGACAAUGCAAUUCUGACCGAAACCGAAUUCUAUGUUGGCCAAAAGUUAUCCAUAAAAUGUCGAAAGGGCUAUCGCCUUACUGGCCAAGCCGUUAUAACUUGCAAUGCUGAUUUAACCUGGACAGAAUCAAAUGCUAAAUGCGAAAAAAUAUCUUGUGGUCCACCUGUUCAUGUGCAAAAUGCACUGAUCCGAGGAUUGUUUCAUCAUUAUGGAGACAUGGUGACAUACUCAUGUUACAGUGGAUACAUGUUAGAGGGAUCAUUUAGAAGUGUAUGUUUGGAAAAUCAGACAUGGACCACACCUCCUUCCUGCAAAGCAAUUUGCAUCCUACCGUGUCUAAAUGGAGGUCGUUGUACAGCUCCAUACAAAUGUGAUUGCCUAAAUGGGUGGACUGGAUCUCGCUGUCAUCUUGCGGUUUGCCAGUCGCCUUGCUUAAAUGGAGGUAGAUGUAUACGACCAAACAGAUGUAAUUGCCCACCAAGCUGGACAGGGCCUGACUGUUCUAGAAAAAGAAAGAAUGGGUUUUCUCCUUUUUAGUGGUAAAUUGGAUUUGCUGCACAGAAAAGAAUCCAUUUCAUGCAGGAUCUAAAAUGGAGUGCAUUUUAAUUCAAAUUUGAAUGCCAUAAUGUGAUAUAUUUUCUUAAGCUUGUGGAUGUUUUUUUUUAAGUUCUUCUGUAUUUUCAUAUGCAAAUGUAUAUUAAUAAUAUGCUGCUGAAGGUUGAAUGUUAAUUGAAUGGGAAUAUUGUAUAUACUUUCUCAAGGUUCACUUAAAUACUGCAUCUAAAUGGGUUUAACUUCCCAGGUAAUUGUAGGGGAUAUGCCUGUGAUGGCAGAUAAUGAGCAGAAAAACUGAAAAGAUCAGAAUUCAAUGUUUAUAUAUCUUUUGCUGUCAUACUGUUUAUUUUGCUUAUUGUGACUAUGUUGUUGAUGUGAAUUACUCAUAAAAGGAAAGGCUUACAAUCCAUUUUAUAAUAAAAAGAAAGAACUCA